AUGAGGCGGGGAACCGCGGGUUUCCCGCUCAGAGCUAUCGAAGCGAGCGCCACCGUGGCUCCCACCAUUUGUUUUGAAGCUCUCCAUUCCCGCUCUCCCUUCCUCUCCCUUGCGUCUCAUAUGUCGUCGGUGUGGUUUGAAGCCAUCGCUUCUGCGCUUCACGUUGUGGAGAGGUUUUUUAGAUCGGUCUGCACUGGUCUAGGCUCUCUGCGUGAAAGCGGCAGCGGCAGGGCUGUGUAUGUGAAGCAUGCCGAUUGCUUAGCUAAUUUGAGGCACCUGCAACGCUUCCUGAGGAGGGACGACCCUGUGCAACGUGACAUCUUCAUGCAGCUCGGGAAGUGGAACUCGAUUCGGCAGGACAUAUUGCCUAUCAUUAACCAUUACCGACAUGACUUCGACCUUGUCCUAAAUGCUGUGAAGGUCAUGGUGUUUUUGACAAUGCCAAUUGAUCCGUCGUCAACUGACAUUCCGCAACAGCUAGAAUACUUGCGUCAAUUCAAAUCGGCUGUUCUCGAGGAUGACUCUAUAGGGGUGAUAGUUUCUCAUCUACAAGAUCCCCUCGAGCACAUGGAAAGCGGAACACUGACUGAUAUGGAUGGCAAGAUGUUCCAACUGGUGCUCACUCUAAUAAGAAACCUUUUAGCUGUUGACGACCCAUCAUCUUCCUUAGUACGGGCUUCCGUGGCUAGCCCCCAAGCAUUAUAUGUCAAGGAUGCGCUCAUCGAGCGACUGUUCAAUGAGAAUGUGAUGGACCUACUUCUAGCUCUCAUACAACAUGUAGGUGGAGAGCAACCGUUCCUGCGGCACGACAAUCUUCUCAUAUUGGAAAUCUUCAACUACCUUUUCUCGGGACAGAUGCCAGAUGUUAUUGCGUCAAGUUACGACGAAGCACAUGCGAAAUCCAAAAGUCAGCCGUCUGGAGCAGCUCUGGAGGCAUUGAUGGCUAAGGAGAGAGAGGAGAGACGAAAUCGCGGUUUUGUGGGCCCACGUCACUCAAACUUCUGUGGAAUGUUCGUCCGCGUUGGCAAGGAUGGAUCCAAGACCAUGGUCACUAGAAAUCCAUACCAGUCGCCUCUAGAUAAUUUGUUUCAGAAACCUGAAAUCAAAAGGGGGCAAGUGAAGAAAGUUGCUUCUGACCUUCCAGUACAUGUUCCAUCCAAUUCCACUGUAUGUAGCAUGCUUAAGGUCUUCGCAGACCAGCUUUUGGAGGGUAAUUAUAACUUGUUAAUGCAGACUAUUAUAGAUGAUAUCCGAGGUGAAAGAAACAAUGUGCAGUCGCAGGAUAUCGUAAUGUUUUUCGCUGUCGCCAAAUUUUUUACGGCUUACCAGCGCUGUCACCUGAUGAAGAAGCCAAAUGAGGGUGUACAAUCAGCUGGAGAACGUGGAGAUCCGGCUGGAGAUAGUGGUCCUACGUUUCAAGGAAGAUGUGGUCGAAUUGCAUCCACCAUGGAUGAAGAUAUGUUCAUUCUGGUCACCAUGAAAUGGCAAUGCUUUGUCGAGAAUGCAAAGUUGAGCAACGAUUGGUUUCCAGCAACGUCCUCAGGAGAGCUUCUCAAAGAAAUGAUUCACAUGCUAGACUACAUUCUGAAGGCAGCUGAUCGGAAUUCAAGUGAAGGACAACAGGAAGUGCGUGUUGCACGAAUCCUAUUGUAUAAAGUCUUCUACGACCACACAGAAAACGGAAUCCUUCCAUUCAUCUGUCGUCUUAUCAAAACAUUUGACAUCCAUAAACAACCCCGCAGUCAAUUGGCGGGUUUGGUAGAGACUACGCACAUUGUACUUCGGUUACUCGAUUCCAUCACUAAAGAAGACGGGGCACUGAGGGUCAAAAAAAAAGCUCGUGGUACUAAGAAGUCCUCCAAGCUCUCUCGGAAGAAAGGUGUACAGCCAUCUGGAUCAACAAGGAAGGAGCCGGAUCAUAAAUCCGGUAGCAUCCAUGAGGUAGAGGAGUCCAAUACUUCUAAUGAACCCCUAGUUGCACCCGAAGAUCCUAACAGCAAUACACUACUCUCCAAUAUUUUGCAUGCCCAGCACGCAGAUACGAAUUUUGGGCCUGUUGAAGAUAUCGAAGUGGCAGGAGUGGAAGGACAUCAUGGUGUUACUGAUGAGCAUGACUUUGAUGAAGUUGAGGACAAGGAGGUUCAUGACGUGGAAGAGAGCGAGAUGGACAGUGAAGAAGAGGAAGAAGAGGAGGUGCAAACAAAAGAAGAGACUCUGGACGUUAUGAAGUGCGUGAGGAUGUUCGCUGACAAUUCCAUAUUGCACAACUACUGUUGGCUUUUGAAGAAUUACCUCCUUAACACUCCGGCUAUAAAUUAUUACAUUGUAAGGAUGUUGCAGCGGAUCUCCCAGGACUGCAUGAUGGAGCCUAUGUUGUAUCAGCUCUCAAUAUUGCAGACCUGCUACGAGAUCCUUUCCAACCACAGCUUAAGAAACUCCGAGCAACAUCAGUACGUGAUAGCAUUUUUGACCAGCCUUGUCCGUCAUCUCUUCGAAAAGCUGAAGUCAUCACCCAUGUUGUUUGUGGACAUUCUCUUCUGGAAAUCAAAACAAGACUGUCACUGCAUCACAGCAAACUACAUGAUUCAUGACCUCAAGAAGUUUAGCAGCAGUGGUAAAACUCUCAGCAAAUGGGCACAACUUGAGGAUCGAAGGUCGUUAUUGGAUGGUUUGGGAGACGACGACGACGAUGAUAGUGGCAAGGAAACACAUGCCCAGAAUCGAAGAGCCUUGUUGAACAGUUUGGGAGAUGGCGACGAUGAUCUAGGAAAUGAUGGAAACCUGCCUAGUGUUGAGACUCUCUUCAGCAACAAGGAGAAAGGAAAAGUAAAAAGGCAGAAGGCUGUGAAAAAGAAAGGUCUUUUUACUGAUUUUCAGGAAGACCUGAUCAAAGACCUGUUUAAGACUUUCGAAAAGAAUCGUAGCUGCAACAAGCUUAUUGCAGAGGGACUAGAGAAGGCCGGGGCUGUUCAGGAUUCUGGUGAGCCGUUCACUCCUUCGCAAAUUGGUCGAGGCCUAAAACGGCUGGGCCUUGCCAGAGUUGUUGGGAAGAUCACCCAGAACAAGUUUCUUCGAAAUAUCAGAAAUGACAGCGAGAAUGAGGAUGGAAGUGAUUCUGAUAAUCAAGAGAAUACGCAUCACACCGAUGCACAGAGAGAUCAUGACCCAGAUAGCAGAUCCGACGAAGAAAUAAGCGAGGAAGAAGACAUUGCAGGUCCUGGAGGGAUGAAGGGGCUGCUGGAGAGCUUAGAUGAGGAAAGUGACGAUGAGGAUAGCAAUCAGGAUGAUAUUUUGAAAAACGAUGUACUUUCUGCAGAGAAAAAUGAUUUAAAGGGUUCCAAGAAGAAGAGAAAAUCUGGAAUUUCAGAAAUUUCAGGAGGAAAUGAGGUGCCUAAACGGAGACGCAAAAGUGGGCUUUUUAGUAAAGAACAGGACCAUAAACUUCAGUCUCUAUUCGAAAAGUACAAGGGAAUGACAAGAUUUAAGCACCUCAUAUCGAAUGAUCUUGAAGGAGACUUCACCACUGCUCAAAUUGAGCGGAGACUGCAGCAAUUGGGUUGCGUUGAACCUCGAAAGCGGAAAUCUAAACUGGCACAAAUGUCAGAUGAUGAAGAUAAAUCUGAGAAGGAAGAUGAUGUGGAACCCAACCCGGAUGAUUCUAAGGAGGGCCAGCAUGCCGAUAUUAAUGUAUCUAGUGCUUUUAAGGCUUCCUGGGGGCUUUCAGCGCGAAAACAUACUCAAAUCAACAAACCUACAGCAGACGUGCACCACGAAACGCAGCAGGGAGAUUCUAGUGAUGAUAACAUACCCUUAGCUCAACAUCUAUCUAUGAGGAAUUCUUUGCGAAAGAAAAAAGCACAUCCCAAUAACGAAGGUCCUCGUGAGGAACUAGAAGUGGGAAUGGGGGUUGGAGGCGAGAACACAGGGGCCAAAGAUGCUGCCGAUGAAAUUCAGGUGUCAGGUGUAGUAGUUAGUUGCGAGUUACCAAGACCAUCUGAAGUGGGAAUGCUGGAGGAUCAGCCAAAGACCACAAAUUCGGCCUCCAAAGACUGCGACUCUGACGACCAGUUGCUGGAGAAAUCAGAGACUGGAAAGGUCUCCAAGGUUUUCCAAAGAAAGAGGCGACAAUCGGGGAGACAUCCUAUUGAGGGUGUAAUGGACAAAUUCGAAGUUAGUGAUGGCGACAGAGACGAUGCCAUUAUCAAUGCCAAGAAGACGCACGAAAGAAAGAGAAGGCCUUCUUUGGAGCCGAAGAGGUCAACUUGGGGUGACUCGGACACAGAUGUAUCCGACAUAGAGGAUACGCAAGAUCUUGCAGCAGCUUUGCAAGAAGUCCGAAUCUACGACAACCAUCUUGCAUCAACAUCAAAGAAGCGUAGACUUCAAAGAAAACAGACGUCGAGCAAUGAUGAGGUGGAUGUUGGUGGUGAGGAGCUGGUUACCAUUAGUUCAGGUGUAGAGAGCUACUUUCAAGAUGACACCACAUUGGAAGAACAUCUUCUCACAAGGAAAGGUGCAAGGAAAGCAUUGAUUGAUGCAAUGACGUCAGAUGAGGAUGAGUGAGAUGUCCUGAUUGAACCAUGUUUCGUGUAAUAUAGCCAUCUCUAACGAUUUACGAACAGCUUGUAUAAUUUUCAAUGUAGUUUACAGAUGCUAGAUGGCCAGAAGGCUACUUAGCAACUAUACAGUCUCUCUGCCUCGGCAAUAAACAGGACAGAUAAUUGAUUCAGUGCAGCAGUUAUCAUUUAUCAAUGAGGGUUAAACCUGCAUUGGUGCUAGGAGUUGGAGCAAAGGAUAUCUGAGAAUACUAUAUUUCUAAGGCAGUUGUGGAUUUCGAAUGUGCCAUAUUUGAUUGCGGGUGUGACGUGAAUCUGACGUGUAACACUUGAGCCACGUGAACCCUGAUAGGAAAAAUCUCCGUGGAGUUCUUGAGCAUUAAUUCUUCUCUGCUGCUUCUUCUCC